AUGUCGCGUUGCUUUCUGCCAGAAGUUCCGGUCCCAGAUCGUGGGCAGAGUUUUAGGAACGAUGUGGAGCAAGCUCUGGCGCCGUUACGAGAAGCUGUUUCACGCGGAAAUUUUGACUCUGCCGGGAAUUUGGUUGAGGUGGUGAAUGACGAGUAUAAAAUGGCCAUAUCGAUGAAUGUUGCUCAAUUUACUCCAGAUCAGUUAUCGGUGGAUGUAGAUGGACGUGUGCUCACCAUCGAAGGCAAGCAAGAAAACGAAGAAAGCAAUGGAUUUUUAUGA